CAGGAGUUGAAGUUGAACUCGGUGUAGAGGUCUGCACGGGCCUUAAAAUGAAACCCAAACCCGACCCGUACCCGAGACCGUGUGGCCCAAACCUACCCUACCCAGCCCAAAUGAUACUGUCAGUCGCAGACCCGAACCCGAAAUUGCUUACAAGCUAAUUUCUUCUCUUAGUAAGUACUGUUGCAAUAGGCUAUAUUAUAUGUAAGCAUAUAGGCAACAUUCGUAACAGUACUGAAACUGUAAACACAGUUAUAACAAGGCAUAGAGCCCCUUAGUUCACUAGAGCAGAAGGGCAAAAAAGCAUUGACUUACCAUUUAUGCGCUGAAACUUCACCUGAUGCAGAUCAAUCUUGAAUAAUAUGAAACACUGCAACAGUCCCCUCUGUGCAGCCUGAACUUGUUUAGAAUGUUGAAUCUUUGUGACAAUUGCUCUGAAAACAAUCUAGAUGUGGCACAAAGAAUGAAACAGAGCACAGGGGUCUCAACAUGCGUUUUUGAAAAUUUGAAGUUCUUUUUAACCUGACAUGGUGUUUAAAAAAUGCCGGUCCUGCGCGAGACACUGAAGAAAAAGUGAGACGUGGUGCAACAGUCAAAGACAUUCAUCCAGCAUAUGUUUAAACAACGGGAAAACAGAACAGAUGCGCGUAAAAACACAUUCAGUGUGAACGGCCCCUAACUUGUCCGUUGGCGUAUGUCUGUGAGUGAGAGUGAGUGCGCGAAACAAGUACAGUAAGCCUGAUUUUUUUCAUUAAUUACAAACCCGAACCCAAAGUCCUACUUGAAAAACUGACCCAAACCCAGCCCAAAACCCGUCGGGCCCAGGUCAGGGUGCAGACCUCUAACUCGGUGUUGGGGCUUGGGGUUGGAGUUGGGGCAAGUGUUGGAGUUCAGUUGGGGCUUGAGUUGGGGCUUGAGUUGGGACUAGAGGUCAGAGCUGGGGUUGGAGGUGGAAAAGUCCUUGAAAAAUACACUCACUGAGCACUUUAUUUGGAACACCUGUACACAUACUUACUAUUACGAUUAUCUAAUCAUGCGAUUAUCUAAUCUGCCAAUCAUAUGACAGCAGUGAAAUGCGUUAAAUCAUGCAGAUGUGGGUCAGGAGCUUCAGGUAUCAGAAUGGGGAAAAAAUGUGAUAUCAGUGAUUUCGACUGUGGCAUUAUUGUUGGUGCCAGACAGGCUGGUUUGAGUAUUUCUGUAACUGCUGAUCUCCUGGGAUUUUCACACACAACAGUCUCUAGAGUUUACUCAGAAUGGUGCCAAAAACAAAUAAAACAUCCAGUAAGUGGCAAUUUUGCGGAUGGAAACACCUUGUAGAUGAGAGAGGUCAACGGAGAAUGGCCAGACUGGUUCGAGCAGACAGAAAGGCUACGGUAACUCAGGUAACCACUCUGUACAAUUGUAGUGAGCAGAAAAGCAUCUCUGAGUGCACAACACAUCGAACCUUGAGGCGGAUGGGGUACAACAGCAGAAGACCAUGUUGGGCACUUAUUAGGACCAUAGUGUUCCUAAUAAAGUGCUGGGUGUACAUAAUCCAAGGCAUCACUAAUGAAUGCCUAAUGGAUUUCUAUCUUUUAUUUUUUCACAGUCUUUCUAUGAGUUGUCUGGUUAUCUGGUAAAUUGUACGGAUUACUCAAAACAGUCAUUAGUUGGGGUCAAAUACCUCAGCUUGACUGCUGUUGCUAAAUGCUAGACAGGAGGAUCUUAAACAUAGGCUUAAGGCAACAAAUUAGUUUAGCAUUAAGGCAAAUCCCUACAGUGCAUGACUGCUCUGUGGCUGUCUUUAAUCUGUAAAACUGAUAUUGCAAUAGAGAGAGAGAAUUGUAAGAUCAUUUUUGAAGCAAGAAUUUUGAGCCUGUUAUGAAAUAAACAUGCUUGUAUGGAUUAAAAUGGGCUAUACAUUUUGUUUACAUGUUAUAUUUGGACUAUCUUAUCUAAAAUCAGUUUUGUAUUAGUAUUUUUAGUUGUGACUAACAAUCUCUCAGAUAAUUGAUAAGUACUUGGCCAAAACAAAGGAGCUUUAGCAACAUUGCUGAUUGCUUAACCAUCACCUUUUAUAAAGAGAGACACCAGACCAAGAAGGCACAGGGACAAACACAGGGGACAAACACUGAAAAGAAGCAAUGUGGUUUGUAAUGGCAUUAUCAUGUGCUGUGGUGGCAGCUCAACCCAGUGACAGAGAUUUCUGGGACGAAGUAAACCCAGUGAAUGGCGACAGAUAUUUCCCAAGGCCACCAGAUCAGAUGGACCCAUGGAAUCCAGAUGGACCAUCUGCUGAACCAACCCAAGACAGAGUGGGUCUAACAUUCCCUGGUCAAAAUGGAAGAGAAGACAGGGGUGAAGAGUUUGAAUGGACUAGACCAGGGUCCAGUUUGAACCAGGGUGCAUGGAGGAACAGAAAAUUGGAUAGAUGGGGAGGUACUGGUAAACCACAGAAGAGUUUUAGAUCGGGUAGGAACAGACCACUUUUCAGACCUGACAGGAUGCCACUGCACCCCUCUCAAGCUCCAGUAGGUAGCGGUAAUCAAAUGGAUCAAAUGUUUGGAAGACCUCUAAAUUCCAACAUGAUGGACAACAGGCAGUUCCUACCAGUCUUCAGGGCUGAGAAUGUGACUGUUCAGAAUGCUAGUCUUGCUCUAAAAGAGGGAGAAAAUAUUUUCCUUCUACCAAAAGUAAGAGGGCAGAUGCAGCCAUCAAAGGGUGGAGUACAUAGGCCUCAGGAAAUGGGGUAUGGUCAGAGUGGUUACUCUCUGUAUGGCCCUCAGCCUUACGUGAAGCUCAUCUACAACCCUACUGCAACUCAAAAAAUCUCAUUUGAGUAUGGCAUUACCCAGCUUCUUCCCUCUUUCAUGGAGGCGGAGUCUGAACGUAAUUAUGAGUCAAAGUAGGCUGAGAGCAACCAUAUACAAUAAUCUCUCUGGUGAUAGAACAUCUAACUAUUAUUAUAUCCAGCAUUACACUGAAAUGUAUAGAUGUAUAGAUAUAUAGAUUUUAUUUUCUUGCUCAGUAAUGCUUGUUAUGUUUGUUUGCACACAGUGCUUGCUUUUAUCAUUUACUCGAUAAUCUGUUAUUAUGUCAUUAAAAGUUUUAGCAUCAACACGGCAGCAUUGAUCAUUU